AAACCAAAAAAUGAACUAUAUAAAUUCCAGUCUUCCUUCACAUUUUUAAAUUGACGAAGUAAAACAAACAAAAAAGUGAUAUUAUGAUGAUCUCAACUAGAAAAUUUGAACUAUUGGUUAUAGCCUACGUGUCUCUGUUCCUAGUAUUGGUUAUGUCUAGUCUGACCAUGGUCGAGGCACGUGCUUUUUUCGUGUUCGGCGACUCGCUUGUCGACAGUGGGAACAACAACUAUCUGGUGACGACUGCACGUGCCGACUCUCCGCCGUAUGGAAUCGAUUUUCCUACUCGGAGACCAACGGGCCGGUUUUCCAACGGUCUAAACAUUCCAGAUCUUAUCAGUGAGGCAAUCGGCAACGAAGAGCCCCCGUUACCUUACCUUAGUCCAGAGCUAAGGGGCCGAAGGCUUCUUAACGGUGCCAAUUUCGCCUCGGCCGGUAUCGGAAUUCUCAACGAUACCGGAUUUCAAUUCAUCAACAUUAUAAGAAUGUACCAACAACUCGAUUACUUCCAACAAUACCAACAACGUGUGAGUCGCUUGAUAGGGAAACCACAAACUCAGCGGCUCGUGAGUCAAGCACUUGUAUUAAUCACGGUCGGUGGAAACGAUUUCGUGAACAACUAUUUCUUGUUUCCAUAUUCCGCUAGAUCACGCCAAUUCUCUCUACCGGAUUACGUCCGACUCCUUAUUUCUGAAUACAAAAAAAUACUACUGAGAUUAAAUUCACUUGGAGUUGGUCGAGUUCUAGUGACCGGAGCUGGACCACUAGGAUGUGCACCGGCCGAACUGGCUAGAUCAGGCACGUCGAAUGGGAGAUGCUCGGCCGAGCUACAACGAGCUGCGUCUCUAUAUGAUCCACAGCUACUUCAAAUGAUAAAUGCACUUAACAAAAAGAUUGGAAGAAAUGUGUUUAUUGCUGCAAACACUAACCAAAUGCAAGAGGAUUUUCUAAGCACUCCACGAAGAUAUGGAUUUAUAACGUCGAAGGUUGCUUGUUGCGGACAAGGGCCGUACAAUGGGAUGGGUUUGUGUACAGUACUAUCGAAUUUGUGUCCGAACCGAGAGCUAUACGUGUUUUGGGACGCGUUUCAUCCGACUGAGAAAGCAAACCGCAUGAUAGUUCGUCAUAUCUUGACCGGUACCACCAAGUAUAUGAACCCCAUGAACCUUAGCUCUGCUCUUGCCCUAUGAGCCAAACAUCCGAUCAUUUAAAGUUGAAGUGGGAAACUCCAUUUCGUUUAUUUUGAUUUAUGUUUAUUUGAUUCGCAAGAUGUAUGUAUGGACUACCGAGUACAAGAGAAAUAAGAUAUCUCAGUCCGAAUUUAGCUU